GUUAAAAUGGUUCAAAUACUGGUUGGAGCUUCAUUGGUUAACUGCAGAUAAGAUUGAGAAAAUUCACCCUUUUUCCAAGUGAUAAAUGGCAGAUCCAACAUUUCUCUGGGUGACACUUUCAGGAUUAUAUCCUUUAACUCUCCUGAUCGGACUUUACGGAAACAUUUCGGGCCUAGUCGUGCUUUUCCGUCAGCGGAAGAGAACGGGCAGUCUGAUUCUUUUACAGAGUAUUUGUGUGGCGAACCUUUUAUCCGUUGUCUUGGUUUCUUGGUUGACUCUUAGACUGAAUCUGAAACUGUAUGGUUUUGAAUCACUAAUCACAGAAAACAGCCAUUGGCAGAUGAAGUUUUAUGCCUUUAUCGGAAAUAUUCCGAUAUCCUGGAUUGCUUUCACUACAGCUUUGAUUGCAAUCGAACGAGCAUGCGUAAUGACGAUGCCAAUGAAGUUUCACAGUUCUUGGACAAUCCGCAAAAUGUAUGUUGCAGUAUUCCUAAUUUACUUUAUUGGACUGGCAGUGCCAAUACCUAAAAUUUUCGACCUGGAUAAAAAAUCUGUGACAUUAAUAGACACACUUAUAACAAGGAUUGUUCCCAUUGUCGUCGUUAUCAUCGGAUUUAUGGUUACCAUGAUCGCAUUUAGUCUCCAUUCCAAGGACAAAUUAGUACGACAACUUAGUGACAGCAGUCCAAGUAAUUUCGUGAAACGCAAGGUUAACCAACGAAACAGGCUCACUAAAACGCUUGUAAUCCUGAUGGUUGCCUUCCUCUUUUGUGUUGUUCCAAAAACAGCGUUCACCUUGAUCGUAGUCUUUGGCGAAUUUAAGGUUCUCUCAUUUUUGUUUAUCCCCGAAACGGAAAUGGACAUCACAAUGGUGAUGAUUAUGUACCUGGAAGUACUCCACUGCUGCAUUAACGCUUUUAUGUACAUCCUCUCGUAUCGAGAUUUCAAACGAGAGUUUGUGAACGUCAUGCGUUGCAAUUGUCAGAGACCGACCCGGAAGUACGAUAGCAGGAUGUCAGAAAGACGUACGGUGUCUGAACAAAGAUCCUUUGAUUCAACGAUUUCUUUUUCCGAAGAAAACUCUUCGACGGAUAGCAUAAAAAAAGAAAAUACAUUCAGGAUCGGAUCACCUUGUUAG